UCCACGCUCCACCUUCCCCAUGCUAUCAAUCAAAGAUCAAUACCCACUAGGCUUUCUUUCCCAGACACACAAUAUCAAUCCCAGAAUCUAAACCUGAAUCCAUUUCUUUUUCCCAUCUAUCUAUUUGUAUCUCUUUUGAAGUUUUUAAUUUUAUUUGGUACCCAGUUCUGCCCUUGUUGUAGUUCUUGUUUGUUGCAGUGAAACUUUAGAAAUUGGUUUUUAUUUUCUUUGAAUCGAUGGAUCGAUCAAUAAAUCGAAACCCAAUGGUUUCUCUCUCUGUCCCCUGUCUUCUCUUCUAUGUCACUGCUUUUUCUUUGAUAGGGUGCGUUUGGUCGUCUUCCUCCAUGUCCCCUCGUGAAUCCCAUAUGUUCCUCAGUAAUAUUCAAUAUCAGUGCUCUCCUUUCAUGGCGCCGUGUCCUCCUCUUGAGGUGAAUGGAAAUUUCCUUGAUAGAGCAUUGACUUCCAAACAGAUGAAGACAUAUUUUUCUUUACUCUUUUAUGCUUCCUGGUGCCCAUUUUCACAUGUUUUGCGUCCUAAAUUUGACAUCCUUAGUUCAAUGUUUCCUCAAAUAGAACAUUUUGUUGUUGAACAAUCAAAUGUCCCUCCAAGUAUAUUUUCAAGGUAUGGAAUUCAUAGCUUGCCAUCAAUUUUAGUUGUAAACCAGACGUCAAGGGUGCGAUACCAUGGCCCAAAGGAUCUCGUCUCCAUUGUGCAAUUUUAUCAGAAAGCCACAGGUAAGUUGUUUUUAUGCUUAUGCGAUGAUAUGUUGUGGUGCCUUGAUUUACUGCUUUUACCUUCUGCUAGUCAAAAAGUGCUUGCAAAGCCCUUAAAAAUUCUUUUUUGUUACUCAAAACUCCAAUGUCAUAUUUAAUUCCUGGUUUAUUACCACUAAGCUCAAUAUUUAAUGUAUAGUAAAAUUAUAUCUCUCGACCUAAGGUACUGUGUUUUAGGACUUGAACCGGUUCAAUAUGUUGCUGAAAAGGAACCCAACAGAUUGGUGGAUAGUCGCAAUCACAUCAAGCAGUCAUGGAACAAGUCAAGUGUAAAUGAGCUAGUAAAACAGGAGCCCUACUUAGCCUUUUCUGUGGUGUUUCUUUGUUUAAGAGUGCUUCUAUCCAUAAUCCCUAAAGUACAAUCUCGUCUCAAAGCAUUUUGGUUAUCAUUUGUUCUCCAUCUGAACUUGGAAAUAUUUGGUGAGACAAGUCAGUUGUUUGAUCGUGUGCUUCACAUGAUUGAUGUGAGGAGGAUUUGGACCAAGCUUCGCCUUUGCAAGACCAGGAAUUUUCAUCGAGGUGCGAAAAAUGCCCAUGUUUGGGCUUCUUUGGCUUCUGUCUCCUUGGGUGAAUCUUCUUCGGGUAGAUCAUCAAGCUCAUCUUAGGAUUCAUGAGAUCAAACCAAAAUGGAAGUAGAGAAGAGCUUAUUGACCAGGAAGUGUUAUGCGAAGCGCUGCCAUGCUUUCGCAGAGGAAGUCCUCUCAUUUACUCUCUUUGAAUUCUACUGUACUGGUGAUAGCCUGCAGCUAAUGUCCUAGUUGGGCUUUUUUUGGAGGAAACCAAGGAGCACGUAAAUUUGAGAAGAGCUCUGUUCUUCUUGUGUAUAUUACAUCAUCUUCACACAUGGUAUGUAAGCUUAUCCAACACACCCCGCUCUAUGCUUGUCUCCUAGCUUUUGUCUCCUUGUAGGGUUGUUGGUCUCAAUGAUCUGGAAGAGACUAGAGAGUUACUCGUUUUUAGAAUGCAGCUUUGCUAGGGAGACUCAUGGUCUAGGGCCUUCUUGGUUUUCCAUUUUUUUGGUAAAAUAGAGGAUAAUAUUAAUGAGUCUAUUGUUUUAUAAUCCAGUCUGGGCCAAUGUUUUGAAAACCGGAUGGACCGAUUGGUCGGACCAGUACCCAAUGAUAUAAAUGGUUUGGUUGUAU